GCAUCUUUGGCACCGAGUUAGAUCGUAUUUUUGGAGCAUAUAAUUAAUACAUUAAUAAAAGAAUGAAUACAUGUGAACGAACACUAUGGAGAGAGAGGGAGAGGGAGAAAGAGAUAAGCUCAAGACGGGAAGGUUGACCAGAAAUAACACAACAUAAGAUCUUCAAGAAAAUCUGCAGAUGAAAGUCUCAAGGCAUAGAAGCUUAUGGGAGACAAAUAGAAAGUCAUUCUGGAGAGACAAUGGGCGAUCAUCCACAGCAUCCCCACUCCCUGAGGCUGAAUCGUGAAGAGACAAACACAUUUAAUUGCAGUGGAUGCAAGGAACAAGGGUUUGGUCCAAGGUAUGAAUGUGCAAAGAAGAAUUGUCGCGCCAAAUAUAUCCUUCACAAGGAAUGUUUCGAGGCUCACCCUAAAGACCGAUUCAGAACCCAUCCAGUCAUGGGUGACCGCGGAUUCAAAUUCCUCUGGACAGCUCCCGUCGGACCGAACAACCGCCGGUUGUGCCACGCUUGCGUGGGGAAUGUUCACGGGUUUCUGUACCGUGCUCGAUCGAAUGCCAGCUGGCUUUACUUGCACCCUUCCUGCAUGAACCUUGGGAGCACCAUAUCUCAUCCCUAUAAAAAGAUGGAGCUGAACCUUAGAAACGAAGCGCCGUCCAACUCUCAGUGUGUGAAUUGCAAGAGACAGGAUCUAAACGUCGGAGGUGGGUGGUCCUACGUGUCCUCGUGUGGAAACUAUUGGUACCAUGUCGAUUGUCUGAAGAAAUUGAUUCUGGAAAUCAGGGAAAGGGGCUAUUUCAAUGUUGGUUCUCCUUCCUCGUCUUCUUCCUCUUCUUCUUCUCCUUCUUCUUCUACUAUUAGUACUACUUCCUCGUCUUCGAGAAUUAAGAGAGUGCCAAGUGAUGGAGGGUUGACCACACCAGCCGCAAGCUCUGUGGCCUUGCCAAACGGACCCUGGUGGAGGCCGCGGAUAUCAACUACCAAUCGUGAAGAGUUGAUCAAACUGGUGAAAAUAUUUGUCUGCUUCAUAAUAGCAUACCGAUUGGUGCCUGAAGAUCCAGUUCCAGUGUUCAAUGCUCUUGCCGAUAGAGUACUAUGAUAUAUAUAUAAUGGUGAUUUUAUAUUGCUCCUGAUCCUUGAGUUAUGUGUUUGUUAGUCUUUUAUGUCUGACCGACUUGUGAUAGCCAAUAACUGAUGAUCCAAUAGGUAUUGUAUCUUGGCACUUCGGUUCUCCUUUCAUUUUGCAGAGUUUAUGCUAAUAAAAUUUUCCUUAUUUCA